AUGGGAUGUAAUAUGUGCGUGGUCCAGAAACCGGAGGAGCAGUACAAAGUGAUGCUUCAGGUGAACGGGAAGGAGCUCUCCAAGCUGUCUCAGGAGCAAACCCUAGAGGCCCUGCGUGCCUCCAAGGAGCCCCCGGUGAUCCAGGUGCUGAGACACAGCCCCCGUCUGCGGGGGGACAGCUCCUGCCAUGACCUUCAGCUGGUGGACAGUGGCACUCAGACCUACAUUACCUUCGAGCAGGCACUGGGUAAGCUGCGCCCACCCACCCCACCCAUGGACAUCUUGGACCCACCCCCCAUCAGCCAUGAGUAUUAUGACCCAGCGGAGUUCAUGGAGGGCGGCCCACAGGAGGCAGAGCGAAUGGACGAGCUGGAGUACCAGGAGGUGGAGCUGUGUAAAAACAGGCACCAAGACAAGCUGGGCUUGAUGGUGUGCUACCGCAUAGAUGAUGAUGAGGACCUGGGCAUCUACGUUGGAGAGGUAAAUCCCAACAGCAUUGCAGCGAAAGAUGGCCGGAUCCGUGAGGGAGGCAGAAUCAUCCAGAUUAAUGGAAUGGAUGUCCAGAACCGAGAGGAGGCAGUAGCCAUCCUGAGCCAGGAAGAAAACACCAACAUCUCCCUGCUGUUGGCCCGGCCUGAGAGCCAGCUAGCAAAGCGGUGGAAAGACAGUGACAGAGAUGACUUCCUAGAUGACUUUGGGUCUGAGAAUGAAGGGGACCUUCGUGCUAGGAAGCUGAAGUCACCUCUUGCCCCGCAGACUGGAAAUGAUGAGAAGGGUGCUCCUGAUGGGGGCCCAAGCUUGAGCAAGAGCCAGGAGCUGGACAGAGGGGUGGGCCGGACUGAUGAGAGUACCCGGAAUGAAGAGAGCUCUGAACAUGACCUGCUGGGGGAUGAGCCCCCCCCCAGCACCACCAACACCCCUGGAAGCCUGCGCAAGUUUAGCCUGCAAGGGGACGCCCUACAGAGCAGGGACUUCCACUUCAGCAUGGACUCUCUGCUGGCUGAGGGGGCAGGACUGGGUGGGACUGACCUGCCUGGGCUCACUGAUGAGGAGUAUGAACGCUACUGGGAACUACUGGAGAUCAAGUGCCACCUGGAGAAUGGCAACCAGCUAGGCAUCUUCUUCUCCCGGGCCUCCAGUGGCAACGGUGCCCUGGACCUCAACCGAAAUGAGAGCCUAGGCCAUGAGAUGGCCAUGCUGGAGGAGCUUCAGCACCUAGAGUUCAAAUGCUGCAACAUUUUGAGGGCACAGAAGAUGCAGCAGUUGCAGGAGCGCUGUAUGAAGGCUUGGCUGCAGGAGGAGGAGAGCCUCUAUGACCUGGCAGCCAGUGAGCCCAAAAAGCACGAGCUGUCUGAUAUCUCUGAACUGCCAGAGAAAUCAGACAAGGAUAGCACCAGCGCCUACAACACUAGGGAGAGCUGCCGGAGCACUCCGCUGCUCAUGGAGCCUUUGCCUGAGAUCCCCCUGAAGCGAUCUGCUGCGGGCAAUUCCAAUUUGAACUGGACCCCUUCUGGCCCUCCUGUCACCGCCCACCCCAAAGGGGCUUCUUCACCUGGAAGCCCUGCCAAGUUCCGAUCACUCUCUCGGGAUCCUGAGGUGGGCCGGAGACAGCACUCAGAGGAGCGUGUCCGACGCAGCACCAAGACAGGUGUUACUCUGGAGCGUGUAGUUCCCAAAGGCAGCCCUUACCUCUCCAGGCGUCAUCGUGGCCAGGAGAGCCAGCAUUACCAGAGCUGUGUGCAGUUGACCCCGCCACAUACCCUGGAGGAUCUGCGCCAUGGCUCCUUGAGCUUUGCUAGUGGUCCUUGGGUGGGUGGGGUGGUGGCCGCAGCUGUCGAAGUAUCCCACAUGGAAUGGAAGGUGAAGGUGCAAAGUGAUGGAACCCGCUAUGUGGCCAAGCGGCCUGUGCGAGAUCGGCUGCUGAAGGCUAGGGCCCUGAAAAUACGGGAAGAGCGCAGCGGAAUGACCACUGAUGAUGAUGCAGCGAGUGAGAUGAAGAUGGGCCGCUACUGGAGCAAGGAAGAGAGGAAGCAGCACCUGAUCCGAGAAUGGGAGCAGUGGAAGAGGUGUGAGUUCAUGAUGCAGAGCCACCUGGAGUGUCUGAGGGAGCAGCAGAAUGGCGACAGCAAGCCUGAGAUAAACAUUAUUGCUCUGAGCCACCAUAAGACCAUGAAGAAGAGAAACAAGAAGAUCCUGGACAACUGGAUCACCAUCCAAGAGAUGCUGGCCCACGGUGCCCGCUCAGCUGAUGGAAAAAGGAUCUAUAACCCUCUGUCUCUCUGUCACCACUGUCUGAGCUGCCCCAGCAAGAGCCCAGUCCAGGCCUAG